UAUCCUUCCUUCAGAUUAUUCAAUUAUUGCUUCAAAAUAGCUAGGGUUCGUUAAAGAUUCCAUCUUUGAAUUGUUUGAUUCUUGAAAAUGGAAGACUGCAAAUUACCGAUAGAUGCGAUGAUUGACAUUUUGGCGAGGUUGCCUGUAAAGACUCUGAUGCGAUUUAAAUGUGUUUGCAAAUUUGUGUAUGAUUUAAUAAAAAACAACCAUCAAUUCAUGGACAAACACUAUGAAUUUAGAAAGGGAAAAAGCCAUGGUGUUGUUAUCGACCUUCAGCCUGACAAUGCUCCCUGGCCUAAUAAAGUAUUUAACUUGAUUUACAAAGAAUCAGAGUGUGAUGAUGCGGUAUGCACAUACCUAGACCUGCCAAAUUCAAAUACCAGGUAUGUCAAGUGUUGUCAUGGUAUCCUAUGCUUGAUCCUAUGCAGGGGUGAUUUGAUUGGAUCUGAUAUAUUUAAUAUCAUUUCACCGGAAAUCAUUUUUGAUGUUUUGAUAUUGAACCCAUUCACUAGGGAAAUUAAGGCCUUACCUUUUAUUAAGGUACCCGACAAACCACCUAACAGACAAUGUGUGGAGAUACGAUUUGGGUUUGGAUUGUCUAAUAACAUGACCUGGAAGAUUAUCAUGCUUUUGAGUUUUCAAGAUGCAAAUUGGGAAAUUGAGGAUAGUGAUGGAAUUGUAAUGGUUUGUAGCCAAGUAGGUAAUUUGUGGAGCUGGAGGCAAAUUGAUGCGGCUCUCUAUUCUCCAUAUUUGCGUUCCCUUAUGCGUACCGGGGAUUUUUAUUUCAAAGGAAAAUAUUAUUGGCCGAAAGCUGAUAACGAUUUGAUUUGGUUUGAUCUGGAUGAUGAGGUUUUUGGUAAGAUUGAGCUGCCCUCUGAUGUUAAAAAUCUUCUUCACUAUACAGUUAUGAACGAGAGUAUUGCAGUAUUUACUGGGCUUAGACCGUGUACGGUAAAUGAGUUUUGCACUGAGAUUUGGGUAAUGGAUGAAAAUAAUAAUAAUAAUUGGCAUAAACAUGCAAUUAUACCUUCUAGCGAUGACAUAUUUAGAAAUGAACAUUUUGAUCCGAUAGGAUUUUGGAAUCCGAGGGGCCAUUUGCUUGUGUUUUCAGGUCGUAUGGAUUUAAUGUAUACAAAUUUCUAUGAUAAUGAUAUUGAUGAUGAGGAGUUUUAUUUCAAGCCAGGUAUUGGACCGAAUCUAAUUUCUAUUGAUUUGGAAACUCAUGAAAAGAAAACUAUUUUUACAAGUCAAGAAAGGAAAAGUACUCUUAAUAUUUGUUUGAAUCAAGAUGGGCAUGUUCAAGUUUGCAGCGAUAGGAGUGUUGAUAGUAAUAUUCUUUGGAAUAUGGGAGCAUAUGCACGAACUUGCAAUGAGAGUUUAAAAUUACCUUAAAAUAUGUAUUAAUGUUUGUUUACUUUGCGAGCUUCCUUUUUAUUUGCACUUUUCAUGGAAGGAUAUAUGACUUUGUUUUAUCCUUUUAUUAACCUUGAUUGAUGAUAAUAAGAUUUUGUUUUAGUGUUUAGUUAUCUUAGUUUCAUUCUGGAAUUAUACUUGAGAGGGCAACAGAGAAUUGAAGAUACAUAGAGAGGGAUUUAGAAGAAGGCUUCUAAAGCUAAUGCACAUACAAAAGGAUUGCCGAGCAUAGUUUGUUAUUCAGAUAGCCUGCUUUGGCUUACAUAAUGCCUCGUAGUCGCAAUGCCAUUGUUGCUACUGGCUUAGUAGCCUUUGUUGCUGCUGGCUUAGCAUUCCCAUUUUACAUGGCGUGAGUAAACCUUUUCAGCUUUUGCUUCAUUGUUUUGCAUUAUCUCUGAUCCAGGUCUCGAUCAUCAAGAGCAACACCUGUGAUUGAUUCAUCAAAAGCGCUACCACCUCAGGCAACUUUUCGUGGACCUUAUAUCAAUACUGGUUCGCGUGAUAUUGGACCUGAUCAACACACUUACCCUAAGAAAUAGUUUCUCCUUUAUGUAUAUUUUCUUAAUUUAAAUUGUUUUGUAUGGCAUGCGAAUUCUUUCACCUAUACUUUCACUCAAUGAGAGCAUCCAGAAUUCAUGGUAUGUAACACCGCAAUAGAGAAGCAAUUUGUUGUAGCUUUGCGAGAAGAGA